GAGGGGGAGGGCAGCGGUAAGAACCCAGGUCGUGCAGCUGCUUCGGGAAAGGAUGCCGGAGAUGGCGAGAAAACUGCCAAUAAUUCUAGCGCCGACUCGGGAGGAAAUUAUACUCUAGGCCAACCUGCGCAUGAGGACGGCUUCACGACCUGGCGCGACUUCUGCGCGCUGAUCUCCAGGAGUCCGGUUCUCGAGAAAGUUCUGUUGGGCCCAGCCAGUGAAGGAGAAAACGGUCAUCUGGGUGGUCGAAACGAAGGAGACUUUUCUACUGCAGGUUCAUCUGCUAACACUAGUUUCACUACUUCCAAAACGAGCAAAGCGAAAGCGCAUGGUCCUCUCCAACCCAGUGACACGAGGGAGAGCGACCGGCUGUCUGCAACAAACAACUCCUCCGGGGUAGUUCUUGGGCCAGGUGGAGAGUAUUAUCAUCGUGGGCAACAAGACCGCGGCCCAAUCCCAAACGACCAAGAAGACCGCCUCUCAAAAACGUCCAGCACAGCAAAUAGCAAGCAGGAGCAAUUGAGCGGAGGUGCCGCAGCUUCCUCUACUACAAGCAUUGGAGGGGGAGGAAGUGAUGGUGGAAAAAAGAGCACCGCUCCGACGCUACUGGAAAGAGCGGAAGUACCAAUGCAACACAAGAACUCCGCCGGCCUUCUAAGCACGCUUCUGGAGUCGGAACCUUUUUUCGAGGACUUUUCCUUUGACCGAUUCGGUUUUGCGUUGGAGCAGUGUUUCGAGUUUGGGGAGGUACAACUGUUUAUCAAAUGUAAAAGUGUCUGGGUCUGGAAGAAUGCAACCUGUGAUGCUGCAUUUGGAUUCCAAAAAAAUCUGCAUUGCAUGAGCACCAAAGGGGAUGCAAUCUUUGCUACGCUGAGAAGGCAUUUGUCAUGCGGAAUGCGCAUCAAGAAGCCCUCAAAAAAUCUGUAUUGCUAGGGUAUGCAUCACAGACAUCAUGGCUCAUCCUGAUGCAAAACGUGCAUGACAAGUGUCGGAAUCUUCCAGACCCAGACAUUUUUACAGUUGAUACUGUUCAGCGACCGCAGGGACGACGAAGAUGCUGGUGCGGAGAGCAACAAGGUCUUGGUGUCUGGUGUCGACGGCGAAAAAGAAAAGGUGCAGCCCCAAAGUAGAACCAACUAUUCCCUAUCUCUUCCCCUGAUAUUUUUCCUAGAAUCCGGCGAACUACAGCAGCAGGUGACUACAGCGGGUGGUUCAUCUGCAGUAGUCACUACUUCUGCCACUUCGGAAGUAGGUGCAACAGGGAAAAAUAAAAGCACCCCCGGCGACGAAGGAGCGGUUUCGAGACACCAGGUUUUGCAGCAGCGCAUCAGAGUAGUGGGACCCAGUUUUGUGGUUCAUUGGGACAACUACAUCCGGGCAGCUCAGAAAUCCGGUGGUGCAGUGAACGAUAGUAGCGCGACUUCAAAGAAGUUAUCGGGAGCUGCUGCUGGUGUCCCCCCUGCUGGAGCAGCGGCGAGCACAGUCGAGCAGGGAGUCCUGGGCGACCGCAAGGAAAUAGAGGACCUCCUGUCCGCGACCUUCUUCUACGGUUGUGCACGACCUGCAGGAGAAAACAGUACCCCCGCUUAUGAUCCGCAGAACAAGAAAGCCUCUACAGCAAAGUUUUGGAAGCUCACGUCCCUGGCCAAAUUUGCGCAGGUGCUGCACUCCGCGAGGCUGUUUGAACUGGGGAGUUUUGCACAAGUGAUCAGUGCAACGCCCUUGUUUUCUGCCUUGAGCCAAGACCAACACCGGAAAAUCGCGGAGAUCUGCACGAUUGGAUACAGGUUUCAUUUUUCCCGAAGUUGUUAUCCUAGUGCUUCCGAUAAAAAUCAAAAUCACAUGAACAAAGUGAGAUCAGACAUCGACAGAGAAACAGCAGCAACAGAACCAGCAACAACCUCAUCGUCGUGCAGCGUGACAGCAAGCGGAGUGAUUGUCUGCAACGGUGCGAUGCACUUUCCCGGGGCAAGGUAUCCCUUUGCUACUCGGCCCGCGAGCGGGUUGGUUGAUAAAAUAAUCAAGCAGGAAGAAGAACAGGAGGAGACCUUGAACUACGCCGGCGCGGGGGGACGACCUGUUGCAUGUGCUGCGGAAGAUCAACAUCAUCAAGACGGGGUCGUUCUUCCCCAAUCCGUUCUCGUGGAUCCGCACGUCUACGUCCUGGCAAGCGGAAGGCUGCAGAUCUGGCAGGAACGGGAUCAGUCCGUAGAAGAUGAGUGCGUAGGAGAUCAUGGAUCACCUCCUUCCGGCCGAGCCGACGAGGAGUUGUACAACCAGCUGUCUGGCGAAAUUGUUGGACCGGGGACCUGUUUCAACGAGAUGCAAAUUAUUAGCCGCACGGGCGGCGGUAGAAAUCAUUCGGUGACUACCACGACAGCGUCAUCUUCAUCUGCUAGUACAGGCACGGACCGCACGGUUGUACAACGACGAGGACCAAGUGAGGAGGGAGAUCAUGAUGGUGCUCCUCACAACUCCGGAACAGUUGUGGUCUCGUGUGCUCCACCAGCAGCGGCUCCUCGUUCAGGGAAUUGUGGUCGACAUGAGGAUCAUUCUCCGCCGACGAAGAUCAAAACCUCCAAGCCAAUCGUGCCAGCGGUUCUACUCAAGUUUUCCACGGCGGAGUUUCUGGAACGGCUGGGCACACUGGGGACCGCCUUGACGGCGAACGAUCGGGAGGUGAAGGUGGGAAAGAGAGUAUCAAGUGCAAAAAUGUCUGGGUCUGGAAAAGUGUAAACUUGUCAUGCAGAUUUUCCAUGACCCACGAGGUCCGGAACGCGGGACAUAGCAUGACAGACUCUGCGAGGUCGCUGCCAUGCCUCUGCCAUGCCUCUCCUGCAUGAGAAACUCCCUUCCAACUUGGUCAAAAGUGGACAGCUUUUGGCACUCAUGCAGCACAGAUUUUUGCAUGCUUCAGAUUUACCAUGACAAGUUGCCACCUUCCAGACCCAGACAUAUUUGCAAUUGAUAGAGAGAAGGAGAAAACGAUCCGGAUGAGGACGAGGACGGGGAGUCGGACUACUGAUAGGACGCGAGUAGAGAAGUUCUUGUGGUGCUAGUACAAGCACUACUACCCAUUUGUAAAAAGUAGGAUCAACAACAUGGCCGCCGCGUGUUGAAAAAAGUUUAGAAAAGAAUAUAACCUAUUUGAACUACGGGAGAAGAUGUGGUUGCAAAAAUCGCUCUUCUGUUGUAUCGAAGUGUAGGCAGAGCAAAAACUGCUGCUCAAUGGUGACAAAUCGCGCAUGGUCCUCGAGAUGAAUCAAGGUUGAUAUGAGUAACGCCACUGUCAGUUGUAAGCCACCAGAAAAGCAAACCAAGUACAGCAGCUCUUCAGCUUCAACCGUUGAAGCUGUGGCAGAAAUG